CAUUGCGGGUUAUCCCGCAAUUCUUUAGGUAAUUUAAUGUGUACUGGCUUUGCGCAAUGGGUGACAUUGGUGUGAAUUGCUUUGCCAUAGAGAGUGCCGCGCGUGAUCUAGAUCUUCUGGACGAUUCCAUAUGCGACUUCAUAGUUGCUGUGGGCGGUUCAAUUGAGGGUCAGAAUGGCUUCCAUCAACAGCAGUUGCAGGUAAAUCCUGCCUUUGUUGGCUUCAAGGACAAGGCUGGCUUGCAUCGGUUACGGGUAUUCCGCAACGUCUUGAAAGGUUUGGAUUUGCACGUAUCUGGUUUUAUGCAAGUGCUGCACUUGCAUAUUCGACGUGGCGCCGCUUGGUUGAAGCGUUGCCCUGAAUAUCUUGAUUCCGAUGUAAAUGGUCAUGCUAUAAAUCGUACAAGCGGCGAUGCUUCCAACAGGGAAGCCGCCGCUUGUAUCGUGACGUCGCUGAAUUCCGUUAGUGGUUUAUCUCGUGAAUCACUGGUGGAUAUGGUUGAAGGCCGUGACGUACAAGUGGAGCCGGGUAUACUUGACAAGAUUACUAAUGAAGCCCGCGCGGUGUCAUCGGAUGUCGAUAUAUUUUGCCGGUAUUACAUGGACCCCGUGAUGGAUCUGUAUGAAAAUGUGCUUAUGCGUGUAUGCCGUGUGGAUAUCUACGAUUGCAUAAGGUUGCGUUGUUAUUUCAUUAACCUGGAUAAUAUCCUGUCUAUGAACGACAUUCGCUACGUCCGUAUUCGGAAUAGCCUAUAUGCAAUCAUGCUGAGGUUAACCCGGUUUGCCCUUCGUAAUGCAUGGUGGAUACGUACCAAUGGCGUGGAGAAGAAGGUGCCAUUUCUAUGUGAAGAUAUAGAUGAUAGAUGUGGAGUGUUGAAACUGGGUGACCUCAGGAACGCCCUGAAUGCCGUAAGUAUAGUAUCGGGGCAACACGGCACUUUAGACACCCGAAUAUUUAGGGAUCUGGCACGCGUACUUGAUCUGAAACAUGACGAGAGUGUGUUAUGGUCCCAGCUCAUGGGCAGUCUUGAGGAUGACGAGGUGCGUGACGUUGACUACGUGAUGUUUAAGAAGGUGGUGGACAUGGCCAAGGAGAGCUGGGUGGACGUGAUGAUGGCUUCACUGGUGACUAUAGCCAAUGUCCUUCUAUUCGAGACGUUUUCACGGUACAUUGACUCCCAGGGCCCACCUCACGGUACUGUGGAUGCCUUCGAGCGCCUUGAGAUGCUAUCCGGUAUGGUGGAGCUGCUUCACGAGGUGGAUUUCGGCUAUACUGCAUGGGUGGUUGACAUUCUAGGCUCAAGGGCAGACUCAUCGUUGGUCACGGCAUUCCGUGUCCAUGGCGACCUUUUACUGAAGGGUGACGGCGGUUCCAAUAAGGAACGUUUAAAGCGCUUGCAAUGGGGAGAUGGCGUUCUGGUAUAUAUCGCUACUCUGCAACGCAUAAAGCAUGUUUUUCGUAAAACUGUUUUGGCGUUAGUCAACCGCAUUGUGGAGCCCGCUCUGGAUAUAAUUGAAGAUCGCAAACCAGGUCAACUCUGGUGGGAGCUGCUGUAUUCCGAUGACAAGCUGCUUAUAGGCCCCAAGGGUGAGUUGAGCAAUGUAAUUCGUGGUUGCACAAGGGUUGUGCGCGAUGCCAUUUGCGUAGAGCUUUUUUCCAGGGUUAUAAGUGCUUUCGGGGCUAAGGUAACGCGUGGUGGCUACAGUGCCGAGAGGAUAAUAUUCAACUCAAUGGCCAUUUGGGACAGUUUCUGCAAUAUCAACCUGGGCCCUGCUGAUACCCAGAGUAGCUACCACAUUGGGCUCCUUUUCGAUUGCCUGGAGCGGAUUAAGAUGGGAUAUGAAUUUGACCAGGACGACCCCAGUGGGUGCUCCAAUGACUUUUGGGCCAACGUGCUAUCAACUAGCGACAAGCAGGUAGCACCCAAGUCACACUUGGACCUGUUGGACUACGUAGUCCACGAACUGGAUAAUAGAUGCACACCUAUGAACUAUACGUGGAUUGCAGGUGACCUCCGGCAUCGUUUGGCGCUAUUCGGUGGCAUGGUGCUGCUGUUCAACGAUGAGUCAUCGCUGCAGCCUGUUGGUAUGCUAGAUAUGUUGGAUGUAAUUGCUGUGUACGCCAUUGAGCACGAGCGGAGAUCUAACAUGAACAUGUCUGAGAGCGAUGCUGAACUUUACAGCUGUGGUACCACUGAUUCCGAAUCUCCGCGCGAGUUGUCCGGUAGGUACAUCAUUGAAAACUCACUUUUACUUUGGGGUUGGGGCUUAAGGGUCCGUUUUGGUGGGAGGACCUCGGUAGAGUCGCGAAGUAUAUUUAGGUCUGGGCGCAGCGUAUUCAAAUGCGUUGACUUUGAGUUCCUGGCUCCCGAGCACCGUGAGCGUUGGCUUCGGUCGCUCAAGUCGUAUACUUCCUCCAGGCAGAACCAUAUGAAAGCUACUUGGUGGCCUGAACGCGCUUUAUUCCUGGAAGUCAGGGAGUGAUUGCAUAUAGUACUUUGUCUAAUGUACUGUUUUGUAUAGCUGGAACUUGU